UGUCCUCCCCCUUUAAGCCGGAAUGAACUUGCUGUGCUAGUCCGGUUCCAAUAGAUAUGAUAUCUGCUUAUAUCCUUGUUUUAUUUAGUAGAUCUUGUAUCCCUCCAAGGCUCUGAAACUCCCACAAUCUUCUCUUUCACUGAUCCUGAGUAGCUCAAGUUUCCAAGAUCCUCUGGAAAGAAGCGUGCGGGCGUCUGUCAUGGCUGUCAGGCUCAUAGGAUUCUUCCUAUUUCAGGCAGUGUCUUGGGCAUACGGUGCCCAACCCUGCAUCCCCAAAAGCUUUGGCUACAGCUCAGUGGUCUGUGUCUGCAAUGCGACCUACUGUGACUCUCUUGACCCACUGACCUUGCCGGCCCUGGGGACCUUCAGCCGUUUUGAGAGUACGCGAAGUGGACGUCGGAUGGAACUGAGUGUUGGCUCCAUCCAGGCCAACCGCACCGGCACAGGGUUACUACUCACGUUGCAGCCAGAAGAGAAGUUCCAGAAGGUGAAGGGAUUUGGAGGGGCCAUGACAGACGCCACUGCGCUCAACAUCCUGGCCUUGUCCCCACCAACUCAGAAACUGCUGCUCAGAUCCUACUUCUCUGCUGAGGGAAUUGAAUAUAACAUCAUCCGGGUGCCCAUGGCCAGUUGUGACUUCUCCAUCCGUGUCUACACCUAUGCUGACACCCCUAAUGACUUCCAGUUAGCCAACUUCAGCCUCCCGGAGGAAGAUACCAAGCUCAAGAUACCCCUGAUUCACCGAGCCCUGAAGAUGUCCCCACGCCCCAUUUCACUCUUUGCCAGUCCCUGGACAUCACCUACUUGGCUCAAGACCAACGGGGCAGUGAAUGGGAAGGGGUCACUCAAGGGCCAACCAGGGGAUAUCUAUCACCAGACCUGGGCCAAUUACUUUGUCAAGUUCCUGGAUGCUUAUGCUAUGUACAACAUAAAAUUCUGGGCUGUGACAGUGGAGAAUGAACCUUCUGCAGGGCUCUUCACCGGGUACCCCUUCCAGUGCCUGGGCUUCACUCCCGAGCACCAGAGAGACUUCAUUUCCCAUGACCUAGGGCCAGCGCUUACCAACAGUUCUCACGACGUGAAGUUACUCAUGCUCGAUGACCAGCGCUUGUUGCUACCCCGCUGGGCACAGGUGGUGCUCUCUGACCCAGAGGCAGCUAAGUACGUUCAUGGCAUUGCUGUACACUGGUAUAUGGACUUCCUGGCUCCAGCCAAAGCUACUUUAGGAGAGACACACCGCUUGUUCCCCAACACAAUGCUCUUUGCUUCAGAGGCCUGCGUGGGCUCCAAGUUCUGGGAACAGAGCGUUCGGCUGGGCUCCUGGGAUCGAGGGAUGCAGUACAGUCACAGCAUCAUUACGAACCUCCUUUACCACGUAACCGGAUGGACCGACUGGAACCUUGCCCUGAAUCCUGAAGGAGGGCCCAACUGGGUCCGCAACUUCGUUGAUAGCCCCAUUAUUGUCGACAUCCCCAAAGACACAUUUUACAAACAGCCCAUGUUCUACCAUCUUGGCCACUUCAGCAAAUUCAUUCCCGAGGGGUCCCAGAGAGUGGGGUUGGUGGCCAGUGAGAAGAGCGACCUGGAAACAGUAGCACUGCUACGCCCUGAUGGCUCCGCAGUUGUGGUCGUGUUAAACCGAUCUUCCAAGGAUGUCCCUCUUACCAUCAGUGAUCCUGAUCUGGGCUUCCUGGAGACCAUCUCACCCGGCUACUCCAUCCACACUUACCUGUGGCGUCGCCAGUGAUGGAGCGGAUACCUGAGCAGGCACCUGGGCUGAGCGUGGACAUUAAAGGGAAAGAGUUA